AUGAAGCAUACAGAUGUUAUUAAGUCUGAAUUAAAUAAACGACAAGUAAAAUUUGACUUAGAUAAACUCCAAAAUCUUUGGUCUGUGUAUGAAAGUAUAAAAACUAGAAAAAAUGAAUUGGAUACAAAAAGGAAGACAAUAAGUAAAGAAUUGGGAGAACUGCUUCAGAAUAACAAAGAAGAUAACCAUGUAGAAAAAUUAAAAAUACAAGGAAAUUUAUUAAAAGAGAAUAUAAAUAAAUUAAAAGUCCCUUUGUGGUCUGCUGAAGAAGCUGCUAUUACUGAAUUUCUGAAAUUACCAAAUAGAUUGCACAAUUUAACUCCUGAACAUAAAAAUCACAUAAUUCAUGAAUUGGGUUUACCACCAUCCAACAAUAAAGAUCAUUUAAUUAUAGGCAAAACAUACAAUUUGAUUCAUUUUAUCAAAAAUGAAAAUUAUUACCUUCGAGGUGAUGCAGCCAUAUUUGAGCUAGGUGCAAAAUUUUAUAUCAGUCAUAAAUUGAAGCAAAAUAAAUUCAUUCAGUUUUCUAAUCCUGAUUUUGUUAAAAGUCUCGUAAUAGAGGGGUGUGGAGAAGAUCAUACAGAUUCUGAUUCAACAUUUAUACUCCAUCACAAUGAGGACACGAAGCCUAACAUAGAUAACAGGUUGCAUUUAACUGGAGCUAGUUCUAUAUAUUCUUUUUUGGCUUACCACACUAAGAAUGUGUUGCAUAACAAAGUUUUUCCAUUGAAAUAUUUUUCUAUGGGGAGACAGUAUAUACCAUCACCAAUAGAAGAAGACAGUUUAUUUCAUGUCAGUCAAAGCUCUGCUGCUCAGAUAUUUGUUGUGGCUAAGAAUAAUUUGGAACUUGACCAAAUUCUUGGUGAUGUGAUUGAUAUGGCUAAAGAUAUAUAUAAUCAUUUAGGUUACCAUUAUAGAUUGAGCUUUGUUCCUGCAAAUAGACUAAAUAUAUGGGAGUCAUUAAGAUUGGCUAUAGAAAUGUACUCUAGUUCUUUAAAAAGUUAUGUAGAAGUUGGAAACAUUUCCCUAAGUGGUGAUUACAUGAGCAAAAGACUCAUGCUUACUUAUACUGAAGAGAAACAAAGCCAUUUUCCAUAUUUAUUAUCUGGUACAAUUUUGAAUGUACCAAAACUUUUAGCAUGUGUUUUAGAGCAAGAUAAUGAUUUUGUAUUACCUGAACAAUUUAAAGUUGAGAAUUGGUCUAUUGAAUCUAGAAUG